UAGCAAUCUGGGAAACAUGAAGUGGGGCUGGGGGCUUGCAGCGAUUCUUCUCACCUUUGGAAUUCUGUCCUGGGGGGAAAGGGGCUUGGAGAUCCCCGAGUACGAUGGCAAGGACCGCGUCCACAUACUGACCAACAAAAACUACAAGACCGUGAUGAAAAAGUAUGACGUCAUGGUGAUCUACUACCACAAGGCCAUUGGGCAGAACCGCAUGGCCAAGCAGCAGUUCGAAGUGGAAGAGCUUGCUCUGGAGCUCGCCGCCCAGGUGCUCGACGAUCUCGACGACGAGGAUAUCGGAUUCGGUCUGGUGGACGAGAAGAAAGAUGCUGCUGUUGCCAAGAAACUGGGUUUGGAGGAGGUGGACAGCAUCUACAUCUUCGCUGAUGAUGAGAUCAUUGAGUACGAUGGGCAGAUGGCUGCAGACACGCUGGUGGAAUUCCUCUAUGACGUCAUUGAGGAUCCAGUGGAGAUCAUCGACAAUGAAAGGGAGCUAAAGGGCUUCUAUAACCUCGAUGAGGACAUCAAGCUGGUGGGAUAUUUUAAAACCGAGAAUUCUCGCCACUUUAUUGAGUACGAUGACGCCGCUGAAGAGUUCCAUCCCUUCGUCAAGUUCUUUGCCACCUUCGAUCCCAAAAUUGCCAAGAAGCUGAAGCUGGACCUGAAUGAGGUGGACUUCUAUGAGCCUUUCAUGGAGGAACCCGUCACCAUCCCGGGAAAACCAUACACUGAGGCCGAGCUGGUCGACUACAUCGAGGAGCAUGAGAGACCAACUCUGAGAAAGUUGGAACCCCAUAGCAUGUAUGAAACCUGGGAGGACGACAUCAAUGGGCAGCACAUUGUGGCCUUUGCUGAGGAAACUGACCCCGAUGGUUUCGAGUUCCUGGAGAUUCUGAAGGAGGUGGCCCGCGAGAACACAGAAAAUCCUGACCUAAGCAUCAUCUGGAUUGACCCGGACGAUUUCCCUCUGCUGGUGCCCUACUGGGAGAAGACCUUCGGCAUUGACCUCUCCUCUCCUCAGAUCGGCGUGGUGGAUGUGAAGGAUGCUGACAGUGUUUGGAUGGAGAUGGACGAUGAGGAGGACAUGCCCACUGCCUAUGAGCUGGACACCUGGAUCGAGGAUGUUCUGGCAGGCAAAGUUAACCCUGAUGAAGAUGAUGACCUUGACGAGGAUGAUGACGAUGAAGCUGAUGAUGACGACGACGAUGAUGAAGACGACGAUGACGAAGACGACGAUGACGACGAAGAUGAUGAUAAUGACGAUGAUGACGACGACGAAGAUGACGAUAACGAUGAUGAUGAUGACGAUGACGAAAAAGAUGAAGAUGACGAUGAUGAUGAUGAUGAUGAUGAUGAUGAUGAUGAUGAUGACGACGACGACGACGAUGACGAUGACGACGAUGAUGACGACGACGACGAUGAUGACGACGACGAUGACGACGACGAUGACGACGGCGAUGACGAUGCCGACGAUGAUGACGACGACGACGAAGAUGACGAUAACGAUGAUGACGACGACGACGAUGAUGACGACGACGACGAAGAUGAUGAUAACGAAGAUGACGAUAACGAAGAUGACGAUGAAGAAGAUGACGAUGAGUGAACUCAUGCCGUCAACUACGAUGACAACAAUGAUUACAACGACAAUGAUGAAGACAGUGAUGACAAUGAUAAUGAUGAUGAGGAUGAUGAUGAGUAAACAACUACUUCCAUCAUCUCAGGGAUCGCUCGUUGGCCAGCACUGGCCAAAAGACGUCAAAAAUCAUCAACAUCUAGUCAAGUUCAAAGU